AUGGAACAGCGAAUAAGGUUCGGUGGCCUUGUAAAUAGAGAUACAUUCGCGCCUCUAGUGGUAUCAACACUCUUUAUCCUACUGACAUCGAUACUAGCGCAUUGCGCUCGACGUCUGGUGCAGAAUAUAGUGAAAGAUCCUUUCGUCAGAUUACUCUUUGAAGAGGCAAUAGCAGCAGCUGAAUUAUGUGGCUGUUGCUUUGAGUUGAUAGUCGUUGCUGACAACUUUGGUGUAGCCACAUACGCGGUUUACCUUUUCGCACUCACAAUCUGGUGGUCUCUGAACUGGGGAGACGCAACAGCCUGCCCCUAUACACACAUUGAAGAUGUUAUUGAAGGUCGAGGGGAUGUUCGCAAAGCCAUACUCAAGACUUGGGCGGAGUUGGGCGGCGGCAUGCUUGUGUUCAAGUACGUGCAAAUGUAUUGGGCGCUAGAGAUCUCUGACACGCACAAGGAUAAGGCUGUGGAGGACUGUUCGGCUGAUCUACAGGUGCCCGUGUUAUAUGGCGCCUUGGUGGAGGGCAUAGCGACAUGUUUAUGCAGACUGGCAUCGAGGGCCUUGGGUGAUCUAAAUCCUAGAUUUGCCACCGCAAUCGACGCCUUUAUAGGAACCUCUCUAGUUGUAGCCGGGUCUCUGUAUAGAAACACGAUUUUGACCUACAACUAUCAAGAAAAUCCGAAUGCCGACUUCUACUUGUCAAUUUCAUGCAAAGUUAAUUUAGGAAGAGCUUUCGACUAUUCCGGUGGCUACUUCAAUCCUGUGCUAGCAACGUCACUGAAAGCCGGUUGCCAUGGACACUCGCUGUCUGAAUUCGCUACUGUCUACUGGGCUGGCGCGUGCGCUGGUUCUAUUGUCUCUGUGUACCUGUACAAACUUCCAAUAAUUCAGGAGUAUGUUCGAGGAACGACCGAGGUUAAUGGAGACAGUAUCUGGGCUGGAAAAGAAGAUUAA